GCCUGUUUCGCGGCGGUGACGACGGAGUGUGAGCAGCGUAUGAGGGUGUCACCAUGAUCGGCGCCAUGCCAGCCAUCGCUGUGCGGCACCAGCGGGGUCACCAGGCCAAGGCGGACGACAAGACCCGCCUGGGCAGGCCCAACACACUGCUCAUCGACCACCGGCCAGGUCCGAGCGGCUCUGCGCUGUCGCCGUCUCGCCUCUCUACCACCGAGACACCGGGCGCCGCCGAGCCACAGCAGCCCUGCAGCUGGGACUGCGGCAUGCUGUGCGGCAGGCUCUCGCUGCUGCACGUCAUCGUCGUCCUCGUCCUGCUGGGGACCACUCUGCUGGUGGUCGGUCUGGUGCAGCUGGCGCCGGACGCCGCCGUCGGCUCCCACAAGCUGACCCUCAUCUACACCGGCGCCGGCCUCCUGCUGCUCGGCUUCAGCUGUCUCGUCUGCAUGUGUCUGUUCCAGAAGAGGCUUCAACACCGCGCGGCGGCGACAGAUGGCAGCGGCGGCAUCAAGGUUCAGGUCAAGAGCAGCAGCCCACCGCAGGACAGUGGGGAGAGUCCUAAAGUCUGA